UGUGGAAUCACCAUCCGGUGUGCUCCAUGAGGAAUUGAGAAAAAUGAGAGAUAUGGAGCAAUGUACGCUGCAAGAGGUUGAGGUGCUUAAACAAAGGACGGUUGCUGAAGAAAGGAAACGGCUGGAGGCGGAGGCAGAGAAGUUGGCUGCGGAGGCCGAAGUAGCGAAGCUACGAGAGCAGAUGGAGAAACUGACGACGAAGGUUGCUAUCACACCGAUAAGUGGUAUGAAUUUGAAAACAAGAUUGGGAGAGGCAGCAGAAGAUGGUGGUAACGCGCUGAAGACUAUGAGGAGAGGAAGGCCUCGUGCAAUAGUUGUGCGUAUGGGGACCGACGAAGGGUCAGCGGUUGAUGUCAACGACAUGUUCACGUUCUUGCAGAUUGAGAAAAAGAGGCUUCGGGCUCUGAAGAAGGAGGGGCUCGAAAUCUUGUGCAAACAAGAAGGCAUCACGUACAAGACUGUUGAAAUGACGGCGGAUGAAAUUGGAGAGAUAAGGACCGAUGCCCGUUUUGGGAAAAAAGAUAAGGAGACGGCUAGGAAGGCGGUGCGACAUGGGGUUGAAGAAGCGGGGACUGAACAAUGUGUAUCUGACGGAGGUGUGAAAGAAGGAUUUGGAUUAGUAGGGGAGCUGAGUCUGUUUGAAGCGUGGAGGCUGAUGGUGGUCCGACGAAUGCGGGUGGUGUUUGAGAAGAACCAUAGCAUUGGGGAUAUUAUUUAUAACUUUCGAUUCAUGGCAAACGAGAUGGCUCUGGUUUGUGGUUGCAUGGGGGUGGAAGAACAGUUUACUCGGAUUGACGGUCAUGUGCGUUUUAGGGCGAGUGAGGCGAAUUUUGUGUCGGAGUGGAUGAGGAAUGCACGUAACAUUAUGAAACCAACACAUGGCUGCUCCAAGGAAAAUUUGAGGAAAUAGCUGCUCAAAGCUUUUGACUCUUUGUUGGGAUUUUGUCAAUUGACAC